AUUUAAACGAAUCGGAGAGGUGUUAAUAAGACGAACGAUACGUUUCUUAGUCCGGGUUAAGUAAAGAACAGGCGAUGAAGGGAAUAUACGUCGCCAUUGCUUUUAGCGUCGUGAACUCCGAUCAGGAUUUUUCGGAAGAAGUCUUCUUGGAUGACAUUCCUACAGAAUGUCCAUUACCACAACCAGGUUGGAGGAACACCACAACCAACGUCGCGCAUGAAUAUAAUUGCUCGUUGUUUUACAAGUGUAACGUGGGACAAGGUAUCGAGCAAACAUGUCCUUUGAUGGUCGUCGGAGAUCCAUUGAAGAGAUUGCAUUACAAUAGACACCUGCAGGUCUGUGAUUGGCCGUGGCUGGCCGGUUGCAUAAGUUGCCCAACAGAGUAUCCAAACGGAACAUUUCCGCCGCCGGAAAAAAUAAAUAAUCCAAAUAACAAUUGCCAGUACAUAACGUGCGCAAAUGGUGUGCCAUCCGGACCAUUUAAUUGUCCACCUGGUACAUGCUUCAGUCGCAGAUGUCAGGAAUGCGUUGCGGACAGGUCUAUAAAUGCAAAAUGUAACAACUACCAAUGCAAAGAGGGCGACAGAAAAGUACAUGAUUGUGAUUGCACUUUAUAUCAAGAAUGUAAAUAUCUUAACGGACAAUUUUAUUAUGUCUGGAAAACUUGCGAGGGUGGUUUACAUUAUAGCCCCACACAAAAAAUAUGCCUACCACCGAAUAUAGCUGGCUGUCCAUACAUCCCGCAUUUUGGCAGAAAAAAAUUGUUGUAAUUAUCACAUAACCAUAAUUUAUAAUCAUUUUCGGUGCCAACUAUGUAUUAUUCACACAGUUGAACUACAAAUAUAAUUAUUAUUAACACUACAGCAGUAAUCAUAAAAUUGAAGCACAUUUAAUCAUAAUUAUUUUAUCAUGAAAUAGUUGCAAAUACCACUUUUCUCUCAGUGUAUCAUAAAAACGACAAAAACUUGGCAAACUAUUCAACGCUUAUUCUGAAGAAUAGAUGAUGUCACAAGUGCAAUUGCAGAUUACAUAUAUAAAUAUAAAAGGAAGAUCCUUUUUUAAAAGUUUUUCUUUAUAAAGAUAUGACUUCUCCCUCGCUUCCUCUCUUGAAAAAUAUACAAAUACCCAAAUGUAAAAGUUAUGGAGACAUUUGUGCAUCAAUUUCAGAAAAUAGCUGAAAGUAGUGACGAAUAUGAAGAACAAAUUGCUUUACAAA